CCUUCCCUGCUCACUUUCCUAACACUUCUCAUCCACCAUGUACGAGCUGCUCGUCCUACCCAGUGCGAUCGAGUUCCGAAGGACCUUGCCCACAAGUUUCCAUCCCGGGUAUGGACCAGCACUGGCUGGGAGCAACAUGAGCCUCUGUCCGUUCCCGUAGAUGUGAGUAACACAAAGCCCGCCCGACCUCGGACGAGGGCCACACACUCCAUCAACCUCCCCUCUUUCCACUGUGGCUUCCCCCACUGA